CUGGGUGGGGGAGAAAGCAAGAGAAAAUCUCGUGACCCUGUUCUCUCGGGAGCGCACACAAUCCUCUCCUCUCUUCCUCCCAUCGAUGUAAUGCACACCCUUGUUCUCGAGCUUACCGUAGGGCCUAGUGGAUUAUAAAGUUUUGCCCCCGAUCGAGAGGAAGGGAGGGAGCACGAGAUCUCGAUUCCCCUUUACACGUAGGCCUCUCUCAUGUUCCUUUCAUAUUCAAUUCCUUCCCCUUUUUACCUCUCCCCUCUGUCUCCUUCUCGAACAUUUCAGUUUUGUUUCGUCUUUUAUUACACAACUCAGUUUAUGGGUUUUGUCUGUUUCGGAAAUUGAAACGAGGAUGUUCCUUGUUUUGAUUAAUCAUCAGUAAGGUUCUAAAAUCGAGGUACAAUGCGUAUGAAUCCUAUCUCGAAGCUGGCUCUGGUCUGGUUAACACUUCUCGGCUCAGUCCUUGUCUCAUUUGCGGAGCUUGAGUUUGGUCACUGCGAGAGAGUUGUGAAAGAGUGGGCGGAUACUUCUUCAUCUCGUGAAGAACAUCCUCCUAACAUAGACAAACGCUCGCUUCAGGAUCUGCUCUUCUUUCUCCAUGUUCCUCGAACUGGAGGCAGGACUUAUUUUCACUGUUUCUUGAGGAAGUUGUAUGAUAACGCUGAGGAGUGUCCUCGCUCUUACGACAAGCUCCAUUUCGAUCCAAGGAAGCAAAAGUGCAAGUUGUUGGCAACGCAUGAUGAUUAUAGUUUAAUGUCUAAGCUUCCGAGGGAGAGAACCUCGGUGAUGACAAUAGUCAGAGACCCUGUCGCUCGUGUCCUGAGCACUUAUGAGUUUUCAGUAGAGGUAGCAGCUAGGUUCUUGGUGCAUCCCAAUUUAACUUCUGCGACAAGGAUGUCUGGCCGCAUCCGCAAGAAUAAUGUGAUAAGCACGCUUGACAUAUGGCCAUGGAAGUACCUUGUUCCAUGGAUGAGAGAAGACCUUUUUGCUCGGAGAGAUGCACGAAAACUGAAGGGAGUAGUUAUCAUUGAGGACGACAACCCGUAUGACAUGGAGGAGAUGCUUAUGCCACUGCACAAAUAUCUUGAUACCCCUACUGCUCAUGAUAUAAUCCACAAUGGAGCAACCUUUCAGAUUGCAGGAUUGACAAAUAAUUCCCGUUUAUCAGAAGCCCACGAGGUUCGGCAUUGUGUGCAGAAGUACAGAAACCUCGGUGAGCCUGUUCUCCAAGUCGCCAAGAGAAGGUUAGACAGCAUGUUGUAUGUUGGACUAACAGAAGAGCACAGGGAAUCUGCAUCACUUUUUGCCAAUGUAGUGGGUUCUCAAGUGCUUUCUCAAUUGGUUACAUCAAAUGCAACUGCAAAAACCGAAACUACUAAAUCAGAAGCAAGUGUUACAGUUUCAGAAUCUGGAUCAGAUAAGAGUGAAACUCAGAAUGGUACAUCUGAAGUUGCAUCUAAUAAGAUAGAAGCUAAGAGUGGAAAUAUGACGGUGAAAACUCUAAUGGAAGUCUAUGAGGGAUGCAUUACUCAUCUAAGAAAGUCGCAAGGAACCAGGCGGGUCAACUCCUUGAAGAGAAUAUCCCCAGCAAAUUUUACCAGAGGGACGCGUACAAGAGUUCCUAACGAGGUCAUUCAGCAGAUCAAAUCGCUUAACAAUCUAGAUGUGGAGCUUUACAAGUAUGCUAAAGAAAUCUUUGUUAAAGAACAUGAACUAGUGUCGAAGAAAAUGGUUUCAACUUCUAAGAGAAGCAUUGCUGAUCUGCAGAACGUGUUUGGAGAAAUGGAGGGUGAGAAGCUGUGGAAGUUUGUAUCAGUGGCGUUGAUGCUUUUACUGCUCUUCCUCUUGUUUCUAUUUGUAAACGCUAGAAGGAGAAUAACCUCUAAGGUUAAGAUUUGAUCAUCUCAUUUCUUUUGGGCCAAAUUCAGCAAUUAGGAGAAGCUUCUGGGUCCAGUUGUAAUAUUCUAUUUGUUUUCUUUUCGUGGAAAAGAAAAAGUUUUGGGUGUUGCCUUAAAAAUGAAGAAUCUGAAGCAAAGCCCAUAUCUUCUUUCUUUUGGAAAGGCUAAAUAAUAUAGACAAAAGUCAAAACUAUGUGCUUCUUUUUAUACACCUUUUAAAAAAAACUUCAAGGAAUAUUUGAAUUUGAUCUAGGCAAAGAGUUGGGAUGAUCACCUAUAUUGAGAGUAUAUGUAAGGCUAUUUAUAAUCUAAAUUCUUAAUUUAAGUUAAAA